CAGCAGCAUAACAACCUCGACGCUGACGCCGCUCGUCGGAAUCGGGCUCAUCAAGCUCGACAAGAUGUUCCCGUUCACCGUCGGCGCGAACGUGGGCACCACCGUCACGGGCAUGCUGUCUGCACUGGCGGGCUCGAACGUCGCCACCGGCAUGACGGUGGCGUUCGCGCACCUGUUCUUCAACCUCAUCGGAGCGCUCAUUUGGUUCCCGAUCCCUGCCAUGCGCGCCGUGCCGCUCACCAUGGCCAGGGCACUGGGUAGCGUGGCCGCCGACCUGCGCUGGUUCCCCAUCGCCUACAUCUUCGUCGUCUUCGGAAUCAUUCCGGGCCUGCUCCUGGGGCUGUCCUUGAUGCACUGGGCGGCGCUCGUGUUCGUGGGCCUUCCGAUCCUUCUCUUGCUGAUCGCUGGCUCUUGCGUCUUCGGCAUGCGCGCCUACCACCCGGAUCGGCUGCCUGCGGUGCUCAAGAAGGACUUCUCGUUCAUGCCGCCCAGCAUGAAGAUGGCCACCGCGGACGGCGAGGGUCAGUCCGCCGCGGUGGAGGAGUCGAACAUCGGCAGUACCGACAUCGGUGGCGCGAGGCAGUGGUGGCUGGCGCCCUGUGCCUACGGGCUCGGCUGGUACUCGAUCCUGGUAAUGCUGAUGGCGGUGCCGAACGCCAAGUGGUCUGACAUGAAGUACGCGUCCUUCGACUCCCGGGACCACGUCGGCAUCGGCGCCUGGAGCGCAUGCUCCGCCAUGUUCGCGGAGGAGGUGGGCUGGGCCCCGAGCCCUCUCACGGGCGCGGACCUCGAUGCGCACCUCGCGACGUGCAUGGCUGACCUCAGCUCCGCCUGCGCCGACCAGAGCGACUUCUCCACCGUCCUGGGCGCCAACACCGUCUAUGAGGAGUCGUGGCAGGGGUGCACGGACGCCACGACGGGUGACUGGCUGAGUGAGUGCGAGGCGCUGACUGGGUGUGGCGACCUGCAUGCGACGCAGUGCGCCAACGUGUCCGCCGCGGUCACCCGAACGUACAGCAUCGACUACAGCCAGUCUGGCACCAAGUGGGCCGCGGCCCCAGCGUCGUCCUGCAGCGCGGACGCCUUGCCGAAGGCCUGCUGCAUCCCGCUCGGCGACCUCUGCACGGACGUCGGCGGCCUGACGGCCGCGGGCGGCCUGAGCGUUGCCGGGAUCGUCUUCUCCCUUUUGGGGAUGGCGGCGAUGCUCGCGUACCUCGCCAGGGGGGACAAGCGGGACAUGCGCAAGGUACUCUGGGGCACCGCCGCCGCCUUCGGCGUGGCCUGGGUCCUCCUGCUCGCUGCGUGGACUAUCGGCCUGAGCGCGCUGGGGCAGGAGACGACGUGCUGGGUCCAGGACGACCAGAACGACGGCAUCGUGGCGGCCAAGGGCAAGCUCGGGGACAUCGGGAACGGCGUCGGCUACGGGCUCGGCUACAUCAUCGGGGGCUGGGCCCUGCUCAACCCGAUCCUCGUGAUUACGGCGCUCCGCGUCCUGGCCGACAUGAAGGCCGGUCCCCCGCAGAAGGAGGAGGCGAGCGAGGACGAGGCGGCCAAGAUCUCGACCAUCUGAGCACGUGACGGCGCGGACGAUCGUGCGAUCCUCCCUCCACCAGCCCGCGCGUCUCUCUCUUGAGGAUCUGCCCUGCUUUCUGCCCCCCCAUGUUCACGCCCUGCCUGCUGGGCCAGGGAUUUUUGCCCCAAGGAUCUCCGCAAGAUGCCUCAACACGUGCUGUCUUCUCGUUUCCCGAGAUGCCUCGUAGCAUUCGGCGCCCUCGCGCGGCCCUCCUGGACACCGCGGGGGGGCGCGCGUGGCGACCAGGAGAGGCCAGGCGUCGGAGACGGGCGGCAGCAGCCCUCCCGCUUCCUCGAGCCCCUCGGUUUUUGGACCACCUCGCCCCCCCCCCCCCCCCCGGCCUGGGACACCCCCAUACACCGCGGGGGGGGGGGGGGGGCGCGCGUGGCGGCCCUCGCGUGCCAUUUUUUUGCACCCGCGACGCGACAGCGUCGCUGCAACAGCUGCAGACCUCGAGCCCGCGUCCUGGGGCGGAGCGGCGCUUGUACAAUACGACGGUCGCUCUCCACUUGAGACAAUGCAAUAGCAAUACGACAAUACAAUGUACAAUACGACGAUCGCUUGUACAAUACGACAAUACAUUGGCGCUGUCGUAGUGAUGCGGGAGGCUUGGCCUGGUGCCGCACACUCACACCGCGGCCGCCAAGUCACGCCCCCCCCAGCGCAACCGGUGCAGCUUCGCGCCUGCGCUUGCCGCGCGCCCAAAGCGGUUGCGAUUCGCAAUAACCGAGCAACUCAGGUAUCGCGGCUGGGCCGAUUUGCGUGCCCUGGAGUGCGAUUUUACAGUGAUCUGCCCUUCCAGGGCGCUGGCCUGGCAUUCGCGCGUGAGCGCGCAGCUGCAGCGCGUCGCCGCACCCUCACACCGCGGCGGCGGGGGCUGCGCCCUGCUCGGAGGUGACGCCGCGGGGACCGCUGCGCGGGCUUGCCGUGGGGCGGCCGAGUACGCGUGCUGCCUCUUUCUCGUCGUCCUCCUCAAUCUGCGUCGCCUCGUUUUGCUUCUCUUCCUCUUCCGCCUCAUCAUGCUCUCUCUCUCUCUCUCUCUCUCUCCC